AUAUCCCUUCUGUCUGCGCGCCUAACCACAAUGCCUCGAACUGUAAGUAACCCUUUGGAUGACAGACUGUCCACGCUCUGGCAUUCUGCCUGUGAUGACUAUACUAAAGAAACCGGGGUCGCACUUACCGAUGGCGCCUUCCCCAAGAUCCACGGUCCUGAGGAUCUGACCCGUCAGCUCGACGCAGAGAAAGAGCAUUUUGAGGACUUUCGAAUGAAAAGACGACCGCUCUUGCAUGCUAUGCAGAUGAUUCUGGCGCCCUUUGAGAACUGGGGCGAUCUACUUGCGGGUGCAGCCUCAGCAGUUUUUCCUCCAGCGUCUUCCAUCAUGGGCGCUAUGAUGCUUCUGAUUCGAGGUGCUCGCAGAGUUAGCGAAUCGUUCGACAUGCUCACGGACUUAUUUCUCAAACUCGGUCAUUUUGCUCUGCGCCUGGACUCGUACAAGGAUGUCCCUCUCAGUGAAGGGAUGAAGACCAUCAUUGUCAAAGUUUUGGUCAAUUUCCUUCGUGCCUGCGCAGUGUCGCAGAAAUUGCUAAGUCGGGGGUCGCUCAGAGCAAGACUUACGAAAUGGACAAAGAACAUCCUGGUUGAGGAUCCGUCUAUUAGUUCGCUCCUGGGCGAGCUGGAGGAAUUGACGAGCCAGGAACACAAGAUAGUCUCCGCUCAUGGGCUCGAUCUCACUCACCAGGCGCUCAGAAACACCGCGGAAUUACUCGCGCGAGAUGACAACAGAAAUGACCGUGAGAGACUAGACAGAGUGAAGAAGGCAUUAGAUCCCGUCUCUGCAUCCGGUCGUGUCUUUUCCGCGAUCAACGAGAACCGGAUACCUGGAUCGGGCAGCUGGAUUGAAGAUAGGAUCCGGUCCUGGUGGCAGGGUCCCGAGCCUCUCCUCUGGAUUCACGGUGGUCCUGGGAUGGGCAAGUCCUACCUGGCAUCGAAAAUCAUAAACGAUCUCGCGGCAGCAGAACCGUCCGCCCCAUCUGCACCCAUCGUUGCCUCUUUCUUCUUCAAGAGCAACGAUGUGGAUCUGCGCUCUUUUAACAAAGCGCUGCGGACUCUGGCAUGGCAAGCGGUUGUUCAGCGAUCGACCUUCGCGGCGCAUGCGGAGGAAUUCUGUCUGAAAGAAGACCCAGCCAACAGUUACGUUGUCUGGAGAAAACUCUUGCUCAACUACUUCGUCGCGUCUCCACCGGACACCAGAACGUGCUUUAUCAUUGACGGUAUCGAUGAGGCCGAUCCAGAGGAACAAGAGAUCCUUUACAGUCUACUGGAGAGCACAUACGCGACAGCGGACCAGACGGGCAUUCCAUCAAUUCGAGUCGUAAUUUUGGGUAGGGAUUCGGUACGCGGAAGUCUCGAAGAACACUCCCUUGGGUGGAUUCCCGAGAUCGAAAUCACCAAUAACCAGAACAAGGACGACCUUUCCGGAUACGUUUUUCAGAAACUGCAGAAGACCAAGUUGUUUCGUGGUUCUCCAGACUUUCAAGCCGAGGUCGUCCGAGAUAUAUGUCGGCAAGCAGAAGGCCUCUGGGAAUGGGCCAACCUUGUGGUCAAAUCUGUUUUGUGCUGUCGGACCAAGGAACAGAUUCGGAAGGUGGUCCGGAGGAUGCCCCGAGGAAUCAGUGCAAUGCUGCAUGCAGAGCUGGAGCGCCUGGCUAAAGAGUUGUCCGCCUCGGAUGCGAUGUCUAAUGAGUUGCCCGACGAGCUGUCUGAUGAGGAAGGAUCAACCGAGGCAGCAACGGCGACGCAGAUUCAACAGCUCAACAUCUUACUUUCAAUUGUGACGAAGGCUCAAAAGCCGCUGACGGUAGAGCAGCUCGACAUUAUCUUGGAGGUCAUCCUUGAAGAGGAGAUCCUGAAGCUUGAGGACGAUCUUCGCACGGUAUACUCAUCCCUGUUUUCGCUCCGGUUCGCUGGGGAUGAAGAAGAAUAUAAAGACGACGCGGUCAUUGUAACUCUGCGUCAUACUUCUUUUUAUGAAUUCUUCAGCAAACCUGUGGAGGCUGGAACCAUCCAGGUCGACCCAGACCGAGCCGAGUCGUCCUUUGUAUUCGUCUUACUCUACGCCCUCCAAAGAAACUUCGCCCCUGUAUCAAAAAGGUGGCUAGGACCGGUGAAUGGAUAUGCUCAGGAAUUCCUACCGCUGCAUCUGUCGCGUGCAAAUCCAGAGCAAGCAGCAAAUCGGAGAGAAGAAAUAGAAACUCUCCUUGCCGCUCUCUUUACCGAGGAGCCGGUAUUCGACCCUCAGCACUGGCUCAUCGAAAAUUCCCGCGUGACUCGCCUUUCUGAAUACAUCUUUUACCCGUCGUCCCACCCAACAGAGAUUGCCCGUUACUGGUGGAAUACUCGUGAUCGUGAAACGGCGAACGAAAGGGCAGCGUUGGUACUGAAUUGGCUCUCCCCGGAGGCGAAACAGCUCUUGCAGGAUUGUGCUCGGUCUUCGACGGUGGCAAGCGAUGCCUGUCCUUUCACGGUUCUUUUUUCUCGUUUGACAGAGUAUUUCUCCCGACUUUGGCUGGUUCCGAAAGAUAUCGAAGACGAGGAUGGAUUACCCGGGGUUCUCUCCGGCAUGCUAUUUGUGUACGCUCAAAUGGCAGUCACUGGGCCAACCUCAGAUGGAAACCUUAAGGGGUUAGUCCCCGGUCUCGAGUCUCGCAAGAUGCUGCGCAUCGCCGAGAUGCAGCAUCUCGAGAAGACGCCCAUAUGGCAUGCCCGACUCGCUCAGGCGAUGCUCCUGCAUCAUAGCUAUGCGGCAGCCCUCGAAAGAUUCCAGAUCGCGCUAGACGAACAUCACAGGAAGCAUUUCUUAAGCAAACAAGCGCUCUCUGUGAUUCACAGAGACAUGGCUCGUGCAUGUACUAAGGUCGGAAGGUACAAGGAGGCAUUAGAACACUCUGAUCUGGCCAAGUCGCUGUACGACGGCUCCCGGGACCGUGAAUGGCAGGAUCCUAUCGGCAAACUGCUGAACACUGCGAAGAUGGAGCAACUUGAGAAAAUGACGAACAAGGCUGUUGCCACCGCAAAUGAGGCCUGGAAAGCAUUCGUGGAACAAAAGGAUGAUUACCGAGACAGGGAUACGUUGCAUUCGUUCUUUUGGGUCUUGCUGCAGCUGCACCAGACACAUCGUGUUCAAGAUGUGUUCGAUUUUGCCGUUUCUCUUAGAUGGACCGAAAACAAUGAUUUGGUCGAAUUCUUCACUUCAGCAAUUACUUGGGCGCCCCGGCUAAUGUAUAGGGUCCUUCACUAUGCGCUGAUGCGGGACGAUGGGAAGUAUAAUGAUCUUGUUGCCUUGAUUCCGGGCAGAGUCGCGGCCUCAAGGGAGACUCAAACCGAUAACCUGGCGGCGGCGAAAUACCUGCUCGCGUUAGUGAUGUUUGAGCACGGCCUGAUCAGCGCAGGGAUCCAAGCUUGGUACGAGGUUAUCUCCCUCGACAACCCGGGUGGCUGGAAUAUCGAGGCGGCUCAGACAUGGUCAAUGAGUCGCUUAGCAGUCGUGUGUCUUUACCGUCCAGAGGUUCCAUGCUGCACAAAGCCCCCUUUGAGAUUCGACGAAAAGACUGAAUGUAGUGAUAUCUGCUUGGUCAUCUCGAGUUGGCUGCGGGAUCAUGGUGAUAUCACGAACGCCAGAGAAGCUCUCCGCGGUCGUGUAAGAGGAAGUAUCGACCUGUUGUCGGCUGAUGGUCCUUCCAAUGAUUAUGAGGCGUUCAUGAGCCUCUUUAGGACAUUUCUGGUAGCUGCGGACAGCGACGAAGAUCUGAACGGGGCCUUGUAUUUGCUCAAGGUCUGGCAUAGGGACUGUCUGCGGCAGGCGAAGCGGCAUCUUCCCGAUGACGAAAUUGAAGGACCAGACGAUGAAGAUUUUCCAUUCUCAAUCGACCAACUCGCCGAGUGUUCAAACUGCAAGCGUGAGAUGAACUCGAUAUGCCACUGGUACUUCUGUCGUUCUUGCCCUUUGACGGCCCUUUGUCGACAGUGCUACUGCGAUAUCCGGUCGACAACAUCCCAUCCUAGAGGCAUCUGCAAUCCUCAGCACGAGUUUCAUUAUACCGGCCCUCCGCUUCGGGCCUCCGAACGUGUGCCGGAGGGGAUGAUGGUACUUGAAAGUUCUGAUGGCAAGAAGCAGACGAUACGGAUUGAAGAAUGGAAGGAUAAGCUGUCGGAGAAGUGGGGUGCCGCGGACUUUGCCUUUGAGGGAGGACUAUCGGCCUGGUGUAUGCGAGCAUUGCCGGAGCCACAGAAAUCUUGGUGGGCGACAUUUUUUAGGUAAAUUGUUGGAGAUCGUUUACAUCCAGCCAGGGAAUAUUCGAAACGCCGUCCCCUCCUUCUAUUGUCG